AGCUAGCUUCUCCGUGUUCAUACCUUUCUUACUCGACAACUCAUCACUCGCGAAAGCCGUGUCGAUAUAUUUGCUCGAGGUAGAUUCUACUUGCUCUUUGCAUCCUACAUACGGUACAGAGCUAGAGAACAAAAGCAAGUAUGGGCAAGAAUAGCAACGCAAGAAUGGCGUCGAAGUCAUGGGUUGUAUGUACCAAGCUCGAGGGUAAGGUUAUGAGCAACAAGACUUCUGUCAAAGCCGAUAAACGCGAUAUUACUCUCCUCGUUCUUCUUCUCCGUCACCGCAUCACCCCUCCGGUACCAUAUGUCAUUAUUACCGAGAUUAUUCUUAGCAUGUCGCCCGAUACUUACCAGGAUCUGUGCCGUAAGAACUGCAGAUUGGAGAAUCUAACAGAGGAACAACAAUAUCAUUGGUUCGCUUGGUGGUGUAAAGAAAUGGAGAAGAAAGAAAUAAUGAAGGGUGGUGGUAGAUGGGUAGCUGCUGUCAAUUGGGAGAAUGAAAGAAUCAAAGAGAUCUGUGGUUGUCUUCGAGAUCAACUGCAAGGUCGGGGUCCAGUGUUCGAACUUGUAGACCAAGAAGGUGUCAACAGAUUAAAAUUACAAGUUGGACAAAAGAAGAAACUCAUAAAGCUGAAUAAGAUUUUGAAGGAGAAAGAAGAGUUCAUAAGAGCGCAGGAAGAUCAGAGCACUUUACAAGCGGACUGGUAUCUCAAGAAUGAUUGGAGACACAGUAGCGUCCCUGACCUUACCCUCCUCACCCCCAAGUCUGUAAUAGGUCAAGGAUAUCCGUUGGAUGAUUUUCUCAGGCCUUUCGACGACGAUUUCCGGAGUUGGAGUUCUAGUUUCGAAACAGCCGGUACAAUCUCAGCUCCCUCUACUCAUUCUUCUUCCGCUAGCCUGACCACUUGGUCCAAUUCUUCUACGAUUGCUUUCUCUACUAUGCCACUUGGGUAUACAGAUGAAGAGGAAAAAAUUCUCAAGACAGUCAACGAAUACAAAGCAACAAAGAAAAUGGAGAAAAUCAUGUAGUUGAAGGAAGCGAUGCGAAAUAAGCUUGACAAAUUGGACAUGGCAGAGAGAGAGGGUAGAUUGGUCAAUGAUUGGAUGAUGACUGACUCUAUGGUGGAAGUAUGUUAGGGGUAAAGAAAAACACCUUGGAGAAUCAUGAUCAUUGUGAGGUUUUAUCACAUGUUCUCGUGAUAUUAUGAUAAAAACGCGUGUAGUUUAUGCUUAAAGCAUGGGCGGAGGACUUUCAACGCAAUAUUUAAUUUUAGAAUGAAUUUAGAAGUUAGAACGAAGGAAUAU